CACAGACCCUGGGCACAGAGAGGGUAAAAACUUUGAAGAAUGAAAUAUCCUGUGAUACCCUUCUGUUUGUCUUCCUGGAUGUUCCUAACCCUGAGUUACAGUAGACCACUUGCAGAAGACAGAGUUAAGAAUGAUGCCAGGCUAUUGGCCCAAACAACAGUUAUUAGAAUUCAGAAGCAUACUAAUGAGUCUAAGAUGUCACCGAACCUGGUUUUCAGCGGGUUAGAGCUAAUACCAGAUGCACUCAAUGAUAAAACGCUGGAAGGCUUAUCAACAGUGGAAGAUAAUUUGCACACAUUUCAAGAGAUUUUAUCCAGUCUUCCCAUGGAGGAAAUGGAUCAAAUCUUAGCUGAUAUUUUCAACCUCCGCAUGAUCAUUAAGUCAUUAGCAACGUCAGUCAACUGUGCUCCAUUAAAAUCCAGCAACAUGAGCCACCUGGAGAGCUUUUUGAAGACUAAUGCUGCUUUCCAUGUCACCAUUGGAAAUGUUGCCUUGGAGAGACUUCAGAAAUAUCUACUCAAAUUGAUAAGAAAUCUCGAUCAACUAAAGAACUGCUGAUCACGAACUCCAAUAAUAGAGAAUGUCUAUUUAAAUUAUUAAAUUAUUUAAGUACCAACUAUUUUUUAAGAAUUAUUUUCGUUUUUUAUAUUUAUAAAUUGUUUGCUGUACUGUAUUUCGCACUAUUUGAAAGAGGAACUUUUAUAUUCUAGCACUGAACAAACCCAAAUGUAAAUGAGUGUUUCUUCUGCCUGUUUCUUUUUUUUCUGUUCAGUAAUGACUGUUUUACUGAAGUGAUGACAGUUCUCAAUGACUUGGAGGUUUUGGAAAAAGAUUUUAUAUUUGGGACUUUGAAAUAUGAUCAAACAUUGAAAAAAAAUUUAGGAGAAAAUAUCAAGGGUAGAGUUAGUUCUUCCGUUGUCUGUCUUUGUUGUUCUUGGUACUUAUUUUGCUUACUCAGAAAACCAAAUUAUACUGCUAUCCACAUACAGCACUUAAUUUAUUUACUGAAUGCAAUUUUCUGUACUGCCUUAUUCAGUAGUAUAUCCAUUUUUGUCAUAUAAACAAUGCAAAAAUGUAGAUAUUAUUUUUAUAAUUUUAGA